UCUCGUUUAUUCUCGCGAGAGAAUCGACGGUAUGUUGACGCUGCUGUGAGCUGCGGAAACGAAACUAGAUUAGCCAAUAUCUACUGAUUUUUUUAUUACGUUUUUUGAAGUACUUUCUAUCUAAGUAGAAAACAGAAGUAUUUGUUUUUCAUAGUAAUUUUAGACAUCAGUAGUCCUGCGCUGUUGUGUAUUAAAGACCUUUAACGCCGAAUCGAAUUGACACCAUUUCUACUUCUUCAUGUCGUCGGAAGCUCAGACACCAUACAGCCCUGGAAAACGGAAGAAUGUAGAAGACAGCUGGAGGCUCGCUUAUGUCAGCGGGGACCUGUUCUCGUGCCCAGCAGAAGAAGCCCUGGCCCACUGCAUCAGUGAGGACUGCCGCAUGGGGGCAGGGAUAGCGGUCACGUUCAAGAAGAGGUUCGGCGGUGUGCCUGAGUUAAAGGAACAGAAAAAAGGGAGCGGACAGUGCGCUGUACUAAGAAAAAAUGGACGUUUUAUCUACUACUUGAUAACAAAGAAAAGAUUUAACCAGAAACCGACCUAUGACUGUCUGAGACGCAGCCUGGAGGACAUGAAGUCUCACUGCGUAACAAAUGGUGUGACAAGAAUAUCGAUGCCUCGCAUUGGGUGUGGUCUGGACCGAUUGAGGUGGCCAAAAGUGUCCGAGAUCCUGGAGGAGGUUUUCAACCACACAAACGUCUCCAUCACCAUCUACAGCCUCCCUGAGAAAGCAGAGUCUACGGACCAGGUGGUGGUCUGGGAGCAAUGGACAGGUCAAAGAACACACAGAAAUGAUCAGACAGGGCCACAUCAACCACUCUGACGUUGGAAAUGAUGACUCCCUUUGUGUGUGCCCUCUGCUCACAUGUUGAGUAAGACCAAAGGUUUCAAGGACAGCGUUGAACUCUUUUACAUAUCUCUCAUUGACAUUAUCCAUAUGGACAUUAAAAUCCCCUGUAAUGAUUAAACCCUCGAAGUCUGUGCACACAACUGAGAGCACUUCAGUGUGGCUGUGCUGAGGAGGCUUAUACAUAACUAUGCCGAGUAAGGAAGGAGUUUGUUUUAACUCAAUUUAAAGGAAGCAUACUCAAAUGAUAAAACAUACCCAAUGAUAAUCUGUGGGUUACAAUAUUAUCUCUAAACAGUGCAGAAACGCCUCCACCUGUUUUACUUUAUCGUAUUUCAGAUUCAGAUUUGUAGUUGGAGGGAGUUGAUUCAACUAGAAGAUUGUUUCCUUCUGACAGAUCUGACAUAGAAACAGAUGAAUCUUUAUAACUUUUUCUUCUUAGGAGCCUGUACCUGCUCUCUUUCUAUUGAGUUUUACUUACUCUAACAUAGGCUGCUGAUGUGUUCAGAUUCACGUGUCUCCUAAAGUGUCAGGUGUCUCUUAAUGUACCCAUUUAUCAGUCCCUCUUACGCUGUUGACUCAGACAACACCCUCCUUGAAUUUCAGUUUGCUCGUCACAUCAAUUCUGGAGUUCUCAUUGGCCCACGGUCAUGUCAUAGUAGGAUUCAGUAUUGAUCUGCUUGGGUAUUGUCCCACACUUUAUCUGGGACAGAACAGGCUGGAGAAAAUAAAGAAAAAGCAUGAAAUCUGACACCACUGGGUCAACAUUUUUCUUCAGUCAGAGAAAGCCUUUUAAUGGAUACAAAUGCUGUGAAGAAAGACAUCAUAGACAUUUACCGCAGGAUUUCCUUUUAGGCUCUUUGUAAAAUCAUUUGUAACAAUCUAAAUUAUUGGAUUUUAAGAUGAGCAGCCGACUGAGUAUGUUAUUUCCCCUCCUCUCCUCUUUCUCGGUUCAUCUUAAGGAUUUUUGUUGUUCUGUUUUACACCCAAAGUUUUCUGGAAUUAUUUCAUGAUGACAUGUUUUUAUGCAAAAACCAGGUUGUAAAUUAAACAAUAAAACAUUUUCUUAAUGCAUCGGCA